AUCAUCUAAGUGCCCGAGAGGAUCGAGCAUCUCAUCCUCUUUGGACUUUCAUCGCCUGUCCAUCAUUCUCUCAAGAUCGUUCUAAUCAUUAAUUGUCUUUCGCUUUUAUAAUGACCACAUUCCUCCUCACAGCCGGCCUUGUUGCUGGAGCAGCUGGCGCAGUCCUACCUCGACAUGACAACGGCCAAUGCCAGUUUCAGCUCACAGCUGCAGGCGGAGCCUCGGGCACAGUCGGACAGCUUGAUGAUGGACAGAACCGCAUCGGUGGCAGCUUCGAAGCUGCGACCUACUCCCUUGAAAAUGGGGCUAUCAAGGACUCCAACAACAGAGGCUGUAUCUUGACACCUCCGACCUCCCAAUUCCAGUGCGAUGAGGGUGCCACUCCGACUUCGGGUUUCUCAAUUGGCGAGGGAGGCGAAGUGCAGUUUGAUGGCAGUACUAAGUUCUUCGCUUGCGGCGCUACAACCGAAGACAAGGAGUGGAACAUUUACACCACUCCAGUCGAGGGCCAGGACGACUGUGUUGAGAUCACCUUGAGCACUGGUGGGGAGUGCAGUGGCUCUGACAAUGGUGGCGCCUCUUCUACCGGCGUAGUCUCAUCGUUUGCGACAGCUGCCACAACGAAGGUCGAGUCUACGCCUGUGGUGCCUGUCGUGUCAACUUCGGUCGACCAACCAUCUGCUCCUGCAUACGGUGCUCCUUCGUCUGCUCCGGCAUAUGAUGCUCCUUCGUCCGCUCCUGCAUACGGUGCUCCGUCUUCUGUGGCCUCACAACAGACUUCUACAUCAAAAGAGACCGUUCCAGCUUCGAUCGAAACUCCUCCAGCAUACCCAGUGGACACCCAGCCAGCUUCAAAGCAGACACAGACACCACCACUAGAAACACCCCCGGCAUACCCAGUGCCAUACAACUCUGCGCCUCCAGCACAGCCAUCGACCGUUGCGGAGGGCAAGCCAUCUACUCUGAUCCAGAAGACUACUGCUAAGGAGUCCAUCCCCGCAUACACACCAGUUGCUUCAAGCAAGCGGGAGACCAAGACUGUGGAGGGUUCCUUCCCAGCAUACACGCCAGUCAAGCCAGGCAAGGAGACCAAGACGGUGGAGACCACUGUCAAGCAGUCUGUGCCCGCAUACAUCCCAGUCACAUCAGGCAAGCAGGAGACCCAAACAGUUGAGACCACUGUCAAGACGUCCAUUCCUGCAUACACUCCAGUCCCCUCUACCAAGCAAGAGACCAAGACUGUCGAGUCCACUGUGGAGCAGACAACUCAGAGCGCGCCGGCUCAGUACCCUACAGGCGGAGAGCAACCAGCCGAGAGCACUUACGUCCAAACCUCUCAGGCUCAAACCACACCGGCUCAGAGCGCUCCAGCUGAGACCCAGCCAGCCCCAUCGAACACUCAGCCCUCCGCCAGCGGAGGCAGUGCGUGCGCAGCCGAUCUGUCUGGCGCCUACGAAACCCCACACCUGAUCAUUCCUGUCUCUUCGGAAGAGAGCUCCAAGGCUUUCGGCACGCAAUACAAUGCCACCAUCUCAUCUUCCAAGUCCACAAUCUUCAGCUUCGACAUCCCAGCUGAUUAUUCCGAGAAGACAUGCUCUGUUGUCUUCCUCUUCCCCAAGCAGGAGGACCUUGAGACAUCCGCGUUCACAUUCAACGGCCAAGGAAGCAUCAACUUCUCCGAGCUGAGCGCUGGUGUGACCGAGAAGACGAGCAAGGACACAGCUCCAAGCAAGAAGCAAGACUUGGGCAAGGUGGAGAACGUUCAGCCUGGCCAGGAGGGACACGUGAUCUCUACCGGCAAGUGCGAGGCUGGUAAGACGAUUGCAGUCCAGGCUGAGGCUGCUGGUGGAUUGGAGUUGGAGUUCUUCCAGGACUGGAACCCUUCGCCAAUCGGUGUCUACAUCACAGCUUGCUAAAUCAUAAGAGUUUGAUGUAGCGUAAGCAGAUUUAGCCUGCUGGAUACGAGCGGAAUUAGGCUCGAUCGAACCAUCGACGAGGAAUAAUGCUAGGAUAUAGAACUUCGAGGAUGACACAUGCUCAAGUGGGACAUGUUAUGACAAGUGGAUAGAAUAGGAAAGCUCGUUCCGAGCUCUGACGAUCGUUAAUGAACCUCCUGCAAACAGAUAGAUUGCAGUAUAAUGAAAAUGCCUCUUCGGCAAGUCAAUAUGUCCCUA